AUGAAGGACCAAUCUAGCGCAAAGACAGCCAACAUCAGCACCUGCCCAUCCCCAAUGGGAACAAGACAACCUCUUCCCAGACAUCAACACUCUGGUUUGCAAUUAUUCCUCCUCAACGUCCUGGCAGAUGAAGGGGACACCUUGACAGAGAUCACAUCAACCCUCUCCACCCCAUCCCCAACCCCAAGGAUCAUCAUCCCCCCCAUAUUGGUCCCUGAACCCAUCACCAACCAUGACACUACCCCCAUACUACCCCUCUCCUCUACAUUCGAUAUGGAAGAUGAAACACUCCCUACUCCCCCCUCACACAGCCCACCCCACCCCCCAUCUGACGCAGAUGAUGAAGUCAUUCUAACCUCUGUCCCACCAAAAACUACCAUACCUGCCCUCUCAACUGAGGAAGACCUCCUCCGUGCACAUCUUGCUGUUGCCGAAACCAAUAGAUCCAUCAUUAGAUCAAACAGCAUCAACUCCCUAACGGCCAUACCACAGUUCACCCCAGUCCUCCAAGGCGGCUUCCCCCACAUCCACCUCACUCACAUAGCACAGCUCUUUGAUUUCCAAGCCACUAAAGUAAUCACAGCAUGGUUGAAAGACCCUCACCUAAAGAUUCUCAUUAGAGUCUUUGACCACAAUGGCAAGAACUCUUCUGUGAAGGGACCCAUUCUUGUUGAACGCCUGUGCAGGGCAAUCAUCGAAAUCGCUUAUUUCAUUCACCAAGAUGAACAGAAAGUUAAAGUCUCCCCACCUUGCCCAGAAGCCAAUAGUGUUGAGACCAACCAGCAUCUCAGCUUCCUCGCGUACAACAUCUCUGAGGAGACAAAGACUUUAAUCUCAAAUCAAUGCAUAUGGUCCUCAACAGACAUUUCCUUCGCAGCUCAUCAGUUCAACAUCAACACAGUCAAAUCUGCCGUUCACAACACCUGGACAGAAGAUGUGACAAGGUGGGACAUCGGAGAUAUACUCUCUGAAAGUGAAAUUCCUGGAGAGAAAGUCCACAUUGCGGUGUAG